AUGUGUCCACCUGGUGUCGAUCAGACGUGUCGCACGUCUCAGCAAUGGCACUUGCUAGCACCAAGCCGCCACCAGCGUCUAUCGUUAGGUCCCAGGAAAACCCCCGAAGCGUUCUUGCGAGGAGCUGCAAUUCAAGGCGAUACAACUCUAGGUUUAUUUGACAAGCUGGCUUGGCCCUAUGCUGCUCUGUCUCAAACAACUUCGAAAGUUAGCGUGCUCGGUGAAAAUGUGAGCUUGUCGCCCAUCGAACGGCUACCUACUGAGCUUCUCGCCAUGAUCAUGGACGAUCAAGAGCUGCAGACUACAGAUGUCAUCAAUAUUGGACUAUGUUCUCGGUACCUGUGGUCCCACACGAUGCUGCACGUUAGGCGCAAUGUCAGGGAGAGUCCGCCGGCGUGGGCAAGACAGCCUUUGCUAUGCAGUGGAACUUGGUUGACCGAGCUACCUCCGGCCAUCUAUGAGCGCUACCCUGAGGAGCAGAAAAGGCAGGAAGUUUAUCAAAAGCGUGUUGGCCGUUGGUACGGCCCUUGCCCUGCUCGGGUCUGGAACUGGAAUGCCGUAUCUGUCGACGACGAAUUGAACAAGCACAUCGACAGAUCAAUUCGACAAACCUGGUUCGAUGCUUUGAAAACAUGUGUGGACAGCUCAGAUAUUUCCGGGGCGAUGCUGGAAUCGUUAUGGGAGGACAUGCUGGAAGUCUUCGCAUUAGCUGAGGACGAUAGCAGCCAACUUAUCCUGCGCAAUCUGGAUACUCGAGAAUAUUUCAGACUUUCCGUAAGGUCGUCAAUUGACCGGCACAUGCUGACGAUACUUGUCAUGGGCUCUGAGUGGCUUACCUUGGACAAAGCCUUGUUGUCCAAGAUUUGCUGGGGUACUCCGGUCCGAAAUGCACGACCUGGGGACAUGGAGUGGAAGCUGAACCAUGGUGUAUGGGCUGGUCAUACGUUCGACGUGAUCUCAGACGACACCAUCAACAUAGAUGGAUGGAAAGACGUGACGCGCACAAUCGUGGAAGACAAUCAGAUAUGGCGGACACAGCACAGGUCAUGA